AUGGUGUUCUCUGCCGCGCUUUCUUCUUCAACCUUCAUUCUUCCAUCUCCAUUUCGAUCCCACUCCUUCACACCUCGAUCCACCGCAUUUCCUCACCGCAAACUCUUCAAAACCCGAAUGGAAGCCCAAACCAACCCCACUGACCAUGCAGCAAACCCCAAAGAAGCUAAACUCUGGGGUGGAAGAUUCCAAGAAAGCGUCACCGACACCGUUGAACGAUUCACCGAAUCCGUCUCUUACGAUAAGCAGUUAUACAAACAUGACAUUCUCGGAAGCACAGCGCAUGCAACCAUGCUCGCGAAACAGGGUUUGAUCAGUGAGAGUGAUAGGGAUUCUAUAAUUGAAGGUUUGAAAGAGAUUGAAAAGAGAAUUGAGAAUGGUGAGUUUAGUUGGAGAACUGAUAGAGAAGAUGUUUAUAUGAAUAUUGAAGCUGCACUUACUGAUUUGAUCGGUGAACCUGCUAAGAAGCUACAUACUUCGCGGAGUAGAAAUGAUCAAGCUGUUACUGAUCUCAGACUUUGGUGUCGCGAUGCUAUUGAUGAGAUUGUUGCGAGUAUGAGACAGUUUCAGGUUUCGCUUCUUAGGCUGGCUUUGAAUAAUCAGGAUGUUAUUGUUCCUGGUUAUACUCAUCUGCAGCGCGCGCAGCCGGUUUUAAUUCAGCACCUUCUGCUUGCUUAUGUCGAAGAGAUUGAACGUGAUGCUGGUCGUUUGAUUGAUUGUAGAGCUAGGCUGAAUUUCAGUCCUUUAGGGGCUUGUGCACUGGCCGGUACAGGGCUCCCUAUUGAUCGCUUCAUGACAUCAGAUGCAUUGGGAUUUACAGCUCCAAUGAGGAAUAGUAUUGAUGCAGUUUCUGACCGAGAUUUUCUACUGGAGUUUCUUUCUGCUAAUGCCAUCACAGCAGUGCAUCUUUCCCGACUUGGUGAAGAAUGGGUAUUGUGGGCUUCAGAGGAAUUUGGAUUUAUCACUCCAAGCGACUCUGUUUCAACAGGAAGCAGCAUAAUGCCUCAGAAAAAGAAUCCAGACCCAAUGGAACUUGUUCGUGGUAAGUCUGGCAGAGUCAUAGGGGGUUUGGUCACUCUUCUAACGGUGUGCAAAGGACUUCCACAUGCUUACAAUCGCGAUUUGCAGGAAGACAAAGAACCAGUGUUUGACAGUGUUAGAGCUAUUUUGGGAAUGCUUGAAGUCUCGUCAGAAUUUGCAAUGAACAUUACUUUCAAUCGGGAAAGAAUACAAAAAUCUUUACCUGCUGGUUUUCUUGAUGCAACAACACUUGCUGACUAUCUUGUUAAGAAGGGUGUGCCGUUCAGAACAUCUCAUGAAAUAGCUGGGAAAUCUGUUGCCUUGUGUACUUCGAAGAAUUGUCAACUGCUGGACUUGAGCCUUGAUGAGCUGAGAAGUAUAAAUCCUGUCUUUGACAAUGAUGUGUAUGAAUUUCUUGGGGUAGAAAACUCGGUCAAGAAAUUUGUUUCGUAUGGUUCCACCGGGUCUGCUUGUGUUGCCGAGCAACUUGAUUAUUGGACUAAGAAGCUUGAAAUUAAGUGA